AUGUGCCUUUUAGAAGCAUCAUGUAACAGCUCACUUCAUCUGAUUGACCCUAAGAGCAAAUGUAUUUUUUAUUUUACAUGCGAUUCAAUGGACUUUGUCAUUCAAUCUGACGAUUCCUGCAUACUCUCUGGCGCAGCUGAAAGUGUUAAAUUGUGGAACAGAUCGACUCAGAAAUGCAUCAGAACAAUGUCUUCUGGUUAUUGUGUAAGUUCGCUUUUUGUACCUGGUGACAGACACAUUGUUGUUGGUACUAAGGCUGGCAAACUCCAAAUAUUUGACGUUUCGUCUGGUUCAUUGCUUGAAACUGUGGACGCACACGAUGGUGCUAUUUGGUCGUUGUGUUUAGCUCCCGAUAAGACGCUAUUCGCCUCGGGAAGUGGUGACAAGGUUGUAAAAUUUUGGGAAUUUGAUUUGAUUACGGAUGAGAACUAUUCAACGACCAGUCAAAGAUUAAGUAUUUGUCAUGCACGAACAUUAAAGAUGAAUGAUGACGUAAUGUGUGUAAAGUUCAGUCCAAAUCAAAAGUUUAUUGCCGUGGCUUUGCUUGAUUUUACAAUGAAAAUUUUCUUCACUGAUACAUUGAAGUUCUUCCUAUCCCUCUAUGGUCAUAAAUUACCUGUUGUUACCAUGGAUGUAUCAACGGAUAACGUUCUCCUCAUUUCAGGUGGCGUUGACAAAAUUUAUUUAUUUGAUUUUGAUUGUCGAAAAUCAAUAUUCGCCCAUGAUGAUAGUGUCAUGGCCGUGCAGUUCGUGCCGAAAACUCAUUAUUUCUUCAGUGCAAGUAAAGAUAAAACGAUAAAAUAUUGGGACGCUGACAGAUUUGUUCAUGUUACGACCUUAAAAGGUCAUCAUUCAGAAAUAUGGAGUCUUGCAAUCAGCCAUGACGGCGAGUUUGUUAUCAGUGGGUCACAUGAUAAAUCGUUAAGACUCUGGGAACGAACGGACGAACCGUUGUUUGUCGAAGAGGAGAGAGAAAUGGAGAGAGAAGCAGCUUACGAAGAAAGCGCCGUAACAGGAGUUGAAACAAUUAUUCCAGGUGAACUAGACACAGAAGCUGUUAAAGCUGGCAAGAAAACUAUCGAGACGAUCAAAGGAGCUGAAAGAAUCAUGGAGGCCAUUGAAUUGUAUAAGGAAGAAAGGCAGAAAGAACUUGAACAUAAAGGGAGUCAAGUGACCAAAGACAAAACGCUUCCAAAGCGCGUCAUUCAUCCGAUUCUUGCUGCCUUUGGUAAUGUCAGUCCUGUACAGUAUGUACUUCUAGUGGUGAAAAAAGUAAAGUCAAGUGAACUUGAAGAAUCAUUGCUUGUGUUACCGUUUGACUAUGUUAUUGAUGUACUGAAACUUCUUCUUGAGUGGAUUAAGAAUGGUUGGGAAACAGAGUUAAGUUGUCGAUGUCUGUUCUUUCUACUUCGAAUACAUCACAACAAGAUUAUAUCCACUCCUGAACUACUGCCAGUAAUAGACUCUAUCAGAUCACAUUGUCGUAGCCGUGUUCGCGAAAGGUUGAAUGAAGGAUACUGUUGGAUUCAAUUUGGCGGGACUACAGUUAAUUCAAAGACAGCUUGAGAAUCGUGACGUCACAUUCUUUGGCGAAACACGCGAGAGACUGGGACAAAUACGAAAAAAGAAGAAGACGAUUUUGAGGAAAUUUCGAUGAAGGUUGUUUUGUUGUUGAUACUCUGACAACUAAAACGAUUGUCUUUGAAAGUACACAAUACCUGAGGUUGAUUUCUGUCUAUAGCCAUCCUCGCAGAUCCCUAACCCAAACUGUACCCCUAGAGGGACGCGUGAAAUCCCCGUGUGCCCUUUAAAUUACAAUUUUCGUGAUCAGCAGACGUUUAAAUUUUGCAUGAUUCAGCAGUUAUUGAUACUGGAUCAGGCUUAAAAGCUAUAGAAAGGAAUUUCGUUCUUGGUAUUUUUAUAACUAAAUAUUGGGCUAGCCUGACAUGGACAAUCGGAGUUUUUUACUUCUAUGACAUUGAAAUACAAUUUUUGUGCCUCUUAUUCUAGCUCUCAGCUACAUAAGUAAUCUUACUGCAAACUGAUUUCAGAAAAGUUAAAUAUAAAUGAAAGUGAGAUCAUCAAAUUCAACAUCACAACUAACGGUGAAUACCUCCAUCGAAUGAACAUAUAGAAUUAAAAUAAGUUAUUACAUUACGUAAAUUACAUAUUUCAUAGUUAUAUAAAAGAAGAGUGUCAC